CGGCCGCCGGAAGUGACGCCGCGAGCGGAGCCGAGCGGCCUCCGGUGACAUUUUCUCUCGGUGGCGCUCAGGGCGGGGAGCGGGGCAGGCGGCGGCGACCCGGCCUCGGCCCCCCAUGUCCGAGCUGCUCCCCCGCGAGGGGGAGGCGAGGAGGAGCCGCAGUGGCGGCGGCGGCGCUGGCACUGGUUGCUUUGCUGUUGAAAACCUAAUCUAGUUCCCCCAGUCCUCUAGACUCCAUGCUUUGAGACAAGGAGGAGCUUGGAAUUCUGAAAUGAAGAUGGAGGCAGUGGGAAAAGUAGAAGAACGCAUUGACUCAGAAGUCUCACCAAAACUCUCUGAAAAACAAGAGACAGCUCCUGGUGAAGAUGGACCUAUAGAACUAGAUACGUGUGCUCAGAAAGAUGGUGUGCCCAUUGUAGCAGAUUCUAUGGUGCUCUCCUCAAUGCCGUGCUUACUGAUGGAACUGAGACGGGACUCCUCGGAGUCUCAGUUAGCAUCAACAGAGAGUGAUAAGCCAACAGCAGGCCAAAUUUAUGAGAGUGACUCUUCUAAUCACUGCAUGCUUUCCCCUUCUUCCAGUGGGCAUUUGGCUGAUUCAGAUACGCUGUCUUCCGCAGAAGAGAAUGAGCCCUGUCAGGCUGAAGCUCCUGUAGAGGGAGACCCUUCUGGAGUUUCUGGGGCUGCAGCUGGGAGAAAAUCCAGACGGUCCAGGUCUGAAAGUGAAACAUCAACUAUGGCUGCCAAGAAAAAUCGACAGUCUAGUGAUAAGCAGAAUGGACGAGUCACCAAGGUAAAAGGUCAUCGGAGCCAAAAGCACAAAGAAAGAAUCCGGUUAUUAAGACAAAAACGGGAGGCAGCUGCUCGCAAGAAAUACAAUCUGCUGCAGGACAGCAGUACCAGUGAUAGUGACCUGACCUGUGACUCAAGCACGAGUUCAUCAGAAGAUGAUGAAGAGGUUUCAGGGAGCAGCAAGACAAUCACGGCAGAGAUACCAGCUGGCUACAGUCGUGCUGGGGGAUCUGGAGGAGCGACCAGGGAAAUUCCAGGAUUGCUUGACAGGGGCACCGUGUGGGAUAGGAACUGCAUAGGCAAUGUCCUGGAAGAGGCCAUGAACUGCUUUGCCGAGAUGCAGAGGCAGACAGAGGAGAAAUUUCGCAUGUGGAUAGAAAAGCUAACUCGUCUUGACACAGAUGAAGAAAGCAAGCAACAACUGGAGCCCAGGGAACCUAAAAUGCAACUAGUUGGCCAAAGAAUUCCCCCUACCACACAGUCAGGGGCAUACACGCAGAUGCCUGAUAGCCAAGUACUUCCUCAGCAGUCCUUUAAUUCUUAUGUGAGCUAUCAAAAUGUUGACACUACAUUAGAGUUUCCAGCGACUUUUAAUAACAAUUUUCCAGCUGUGUUUCCAGAGAAUGGGAAUAUUGCAGAGCAUGAUUUAAAUCAAUCAAAAACUUAGUCUUUAAAAUCUUGACAUUACCUUGGAUUGUGUUAAGAACAAAAUUUGCUUUUCUCCAUGCAAGUAUUUUUUUUUCCGUGAUGGGUUUUUAACAUUAUGCUGUAAAUCUUUUAUUUAAAGAAAACUUGUGUGGUUUUUUAAAAAACAAAGCAAGCAAAACACACACAUAAACACACAUGCAAAACUCAAAACAAAAACCUCCUGUCACCAACGUUUGGCAAGAUGUAAAUUAGAAUCCUUGUUACAUACCCUUGGAAUGGUAGAGCUAUGUUUGUUAUAGUAGAAGCAAUCAGUGUAUUCAUCUAUAUGUUCCUCUUGCAUGCCAAAAUGUUUAUAUAGGGAAAUAUAAGUUUAAAGACUUAAGGAAUCUUAGUGAACUUGACUACAUAAUAAUAAUUAAUACAUACUUAAAUGUCUGUUCAUACCUAAAUUCUGCAGCUUAAACUUGUCUAUAUAUUGACCCUCCUCCUUUUUUUGGCAGAAGUCGUAAAUAAGCCUACCCUAAAAAUUAGCUAUACAUACUGAAUGUGCUCAGUAGUUGAUAUUCAUGUCCCAUUUGGUAGUUAAUUUUCUCACAAGAGCUUCUAUUAAUGACAUUGCUAUAUUACAUACAACAUUCAUAUUUAGGGGAAGCACCAAUUUUGUAUGUAUGCUUGCAUAUAUAUAAUUAUGUAUACACAUACACUUUUGUGUGUGCGCGUGACAUAUGCACACAAAUAAAACAUUGAUACUUUCUUGUGUGUGUGUAUAUAUAUAUGGUCAGGCUAUGUCUUUCAUGCUGAAAUAAAAAGAGCAGUGUCAGUUCUGAGAUAAGCAAACUUUGUAGGUAGAUUUGAGUCUUGGGCCAAGAACGUAAAACCGAAUGUCUGACAUUCAGAUUGGUAAACACCGUGGUGGACUUAAUGCACUGUUUGCUUGUGGGUCUUAAAGCAAGAGCAUUUUCUGAGCCACCUCUCUGACUGCCAUUGAAAUGAUUAUCUGUGAUUGGGAAUGCCAUAGCAUUAGUUUUGUUUAAAUAAUAUAAGAACUGUCUACUGUGUGGGUUUUGUUUUAAUUGUUAUACUGAUAAUUAGUUAUUCUGAGUAAUCAGGCUUGAAACUUUGAUGUUUAAAUUAGGAUUAAGCUAUAUAUUAUAGAAAUAACUAAUUCUCACCAUUGCCAGAAUACAUGUGGUUUUCUGUUGCCUUUACAGUUGGGCCUUCAUGAGAGAAUAAUUUCCCCUGAGUUACCAAAAGUAUACAUUUAUAUAGUUUGUUUCACCCUUGUAUUGGUGAGAUGUUUCUAAUGCAAAUAAAGUCAAAACUGUAAUAAUGGGAAUUAAAAGUCUCUACCUAGAUGUCUUUUGAGUAAAGAAAAUGGAAGAGGUCUUUUGGGGCUCUUAGAAUUUCAGUUUUUAAGCCACGGUGGUUUUAUGAAUUUUUAUUUAGAUCAUUUCAGUAAAGCUUUUUCUUCCAAUUAGAAGUACCAUUGUGUAUCCUACAGGCCUGAUACAAAGCCCGAUGAAGUCACUGGGAAUCUAUCAAUUUACAUAGCCUUCUGAUCAGGCCCUCCAUUAAUAACUAAUAUUUUUUACUUGUUUUAAAAAUAAAAGUAACCAUGAUGUGUUUAAUAUUUUUCCUAUACCAGCCAAUUUAACAAACUUGUCCUCAUCUAUUUAAAAGUUAAGAUCUUUCAGGGAAAACUGAUUGCUGAUUUAAAAAAAAUCGUUUUAGUAUUCAUAGAUUUUAAUAUAUAAUAUAUACAUUUAGAAUUCUAAUAUGAGCAGCAUAUUUAAAGCAUGACAACUCUACAGUUUUCCCCAUGCAUGCAAAAGCUGCUUCCAGCAGUGACUGGUUACUUUUAUAUAUAACAGGGUCACUUAUUCAGUAUGUUAAGCAUGCUCUGAAACAUUACUAUUUUUAAAAAAAUGGAGCAAUUAGGCAUCUGAAAACAAAUUGCCUUAAGAAUUGAGCAGAAUUUGUUCAUCUGUUAUACAGACUUUUAUAUACUGAUUAGAAAUCUCUUGUAACUGGAUAAUAACUUUGCAAUGGUUGUAGUCAAUUAAAUUUCUCUCUAACUUCUGUGCCUUGUGUAGGUCAUAGGAACCUUGAAAAAAAAUCUUUGCAUUGAAGCUGGAUGGGAUUUUUUUUAUUGAAACUGACCUUUGAAAUUUAAGUGUUAAUAAACAGCACUCCUAGCUUUGCAACAACAAAAAUAUACUUUCUGCUUCAUAAAACCUUUUCACCACCAAUACAUUACUUGAUUUUAUCUUGUAAAUUACUGUGAAUGUUAACAAAUCAGAAAAUAAUAGUGGUGGAACAUACAUGUUUUGCUGCAUAUGGGGAUGAUGUUUUUUAAGAUGGUGCCCUUUUUAGGAUAGAUUAGUUCAAAGGCAGCCAGUUGAUUGUUAGGAAAAUGUUUCAGAUUAGAGAUGUAGAAUUUAACAGUAUUUCCAUAUAUGAACUACACAAUAUUGAAAACAAAUGAAUGUGUAAAUGGUUUUAGUUUGGUCAGCUGCUCUGUCUGCCUCCAAAACAUAUGGAGUCAGAUCUUCUACUGGCACAAGUCAGUAUCACUUCUUUGAAGUCAAAUCCAAUGUCAUUUUAUACAAGCUGAGGAUCUGACCCAUUAGCUUGUGUUCUGGUUUCAAGAAUUGAAUUCCUCCUGGGGGGGGAAAUCUCCACUUGCAUUGGUUUGGUAUAAAUAUGAUAUUUGAGACAACGAAUGGUCUGUUUUUAUGCUCCUGGAAAAUAUGCAAUAUUUUGGUUGUACACUUAAACAAAAGUAUCUAUCUUGCUGCUUUAUAUUAUGUAUUUGAAUUGUUUAUGCCAGCACUUGACAUCUUUUUAACUGAAUGGAGUUCUGGACUUCGGUUGCAUUUCUGAAAAACUGAAAGUUUUUGUAUUUUAUGGUGGUAUAUUCAUACAGCUACAGUUAAGGUUGUCACAGUUUCAGCUAUAAGCUCCUAUUUUCAAAGGUUUUGGCUUGAAAUUAAUAUUUCCAGGGAAUUAAGAUUUGCUCUGAGCUGAAAUUUUAGUAUAUAAGGUCUGGCCCCCACCUUGACGUCCUGCUAGUAAAAUAGUCUGGCCUUUUUUAUUUUAAGAGUACGAGCCUUGUCUUUAAAAAUGAAAUUUAAUUAACUGUUGUGUUUAAUGAAUACAUUUGUGGGAGAGUCCAAUGGGAAUUCUACAUACUGUAUAUACUCGUUCAUUAGCCCUUUCAUUUAUAAGCCGACCCCCCCAAGAUGGAUAGGUAAAAAUAGCAAAAACUGAAUGACCCUUUCAUAAACUGACCCUAUAUUUCAGGGGUUGGCAAACUUUGGCUCCCGGCCUGUCAGGGCAAGCCGCUGGCAGGUCGGGAUGUUUUGUUUACCUGGAGCGUCUGCCGGCAUGGAGCCCCUCAGCUCCCUGUGGCCGCAGUUCACAGGGUGCUGAGGGGCUCCAUGUCUGCAGCCGCUCCAGGUAAACAAAAUGAAAAUGUAUUAGAUAUUCAAUUAAAUGAUUCCAUAGAGUUUAAAAUCAUCAUAUUUUGGUGUAGACCCAUUUAUAAGUCGAUCCCCGCUCUUUGAUGUCUUUUUUUUUUACCAAAAAUAUUCGGCUUAUGAACGAGUAUAUACGGUAUGUUGGGGGAACAGCCUAUUGGAGUCUAGAUUACCUUUGAUUGGCCUGUGGUUUUUGCUUCAGAAUGGAGUAAAAAAACACUCUAGUUUCUUAAGAAAAUAUUACUUGCAGUCUUUCAGACUCCUGUGAAAGAAUAAAUAUGGUAGGACAGAUUGUCAACUUGUGUAAACUGGUAUAGCUCCACUGAAGUCCGUGCCUAUUCAAAACCAGAUGAGGAAUUGGCCAUUAAAUUUUAUAUGCUCGUUUAUGCAAAAUUUUUAAUUUAAAAGACACCUAAAAUACUGCAGACAUUUAUGCAUGUGAAUAAUGAAAGUACACGCCUAACUGGAAAUUCAGGAACUAGGAAUUGGUGCAUCUGUGCACUUGAAAUACAUUUACUUCAUUUAUGGUUUUUGUAACAAAGUGCAAAUGAAACUUAAAUCUUUGUACACUCUCUUCAUUUAAGUGCCACUGAGGAUGUGUGUCAAGCUGAUAAAUCAGGAAAUUCAAAAUUCAGAUGCCGGAACUGGUCUAUGUGUAGAACUCCUUUGAAAUAUGUGGGGAUUUGGAGUUCAGUUGAUUGCAGGCUCAAGUUUCCCUGUAGGUCCUUAUGGAGGCUUGGAGCCACUUCUCUCCCCCAGAAAUGGGGUAAGUUAAGAAGGAUGUGUUGGUUGUAAUUGUGCAUUUCCUGUCUUACUUGUUUGUUACACAAGUCUUUUAUUUAAAUAAAGAGUUUGUUUUACUUAGCAUACAAAUGAUAGUUUGACACUGGUUUAGUGUUUUAUAAAUUAUACAUUAUUGUUCACAUUAGAGCCCUAUUUUGAAAGGUUUAUAACUUUAAAAUAUUUUAGAUUUUUUUAAAAAUAGUACACAGCAAAACGAAGUGUAGUAAACUCUAACAUAACCCAGAGUUAUAAAACAUAAUAGUUGUCUCUAGGACUGAAGGAAAAGUAUUUUUAAAGCAAGUUAGCCUAAUGUUCAAUCUCCAUAAUUUAGCUCUAAACAUUUUACUCUGGGCUGAAAUUUGUCAUACAUCAGCUUCAACUGAGGGCAAUUUUUUAAACAUCUGGUUAAAAAGUUAAUUUUAAUACACUUGAUAACUUUAGUGCUAUUAGUUCCUAUUCUUAUCUCUCCAAAAUAUCAUUUGAUUUCAGAAGUCACAGGAUUAAUUUGGCUGAGACACUAAAAUCUGACAUGUGGCCUUGGUUGCUGCAAAUUUACAAAAACUAAAUUUAAACACAAAACUAAUUAAAUUGCUGUGCAUUUUUAACAUGCAUCCUUUAGAAUCAUAGAAUCAUAGAAUAUCAGGGUUGGAAGGGACCUCAGGAGGUCAUCUAGUCCAACCCCCUGCUCAAAAGCAGGACCCAUACCCAAUUAAAUCAUCCCAGCCAAGGCUUUGUCAAGCCUGAUUAGAUUAGUCAGGCAUGACCUUCCCUUGGUGAAUCCAUGCUGACUGUUCCUGAUCACUUUCCUCUCAUGUAAGUGCUUCAGGAUUGAUUCUUUGAGGACCUGCUCCAUGAUUUUUCCGGGGACUGAAGUGAGGCUGACUGGCCUGUAGUUCCCAGGAUCCUCCUUCUUCCCUUUUUUAAAGAUUGGCACUACAUUAGCCUUUUUCCAGUCAUCCGGGACUUCCCCCUUUCGCCACGAGUUUUCAAAGAUAAUGGCCAAUGGCUCUGCAAUCACAGCUGCCAGUUCCUUUAGCACUCUCGGAUGCAACUCGUCCGGCCCCAUGGACUUGUGCACGUCCAGUUUUUCUAAAUAGUCCCUAACCACCUCUUUCUCCACAGAGGGCUGGCCAUCUAUUCCCCAUGUUGUGAUGCCCAGCGCAGCAGUCUGGGAGCUGACCUUGUUCGUGAAGACAGAGGCAAAAAAAGCAUUGAGUACAUUAGCUUUUUCCACAUCCUCUGUCACUAGGUUGCCUCCCUCAUUCAUUAAGGGGCCCACACUUUCCUUGGCCGCCUUCUUGUUGCCAACAUACCUGAAGAAACCCUUCUUGUUACUCUUAACAUCUCUCGCUAGCUGCAGCUCCAGGUGCGAUUUGGCCCUCCUAAUUUCAUUCCUACAUGCCCGAGCAAUAUUUUUAUACUCUUCCCUGGUCAUAUGUCCAACCUUCCACUUCUUGUAAGCUUCUUUUUUAUGCUUAAGAUCCGCUAGGAUUUCACCGUUAAGCCAAGCUGGUCGCCUGCCAUAUUUACUAUUCUUUCGACACAUCGGGAUGGUUUGUCCCUGUAACCUCAACAGGGAUUCUUUGAAAUACAGCCAGCUCUCCUGGACUCUUUUCCCCUUCAUGUUAGUCCCCCAGGGGAUCCUACCCAUCCGUUCCCUGAGGGAGUCGAAGUCUGCUUUCCUGAAGUCCAGGGUCCGUAUCCUGCUGCUUACCUUUCUUCCCUGUGUCAGGAUCCUGAACUCAACCAACUCAUGGUCACUGCCUCCCAGAUUCCCAUCCACUUUUGCUUCCCCCACUAAUUCUUCCCGGUUUGUGAGCAGCAGGUCAAGAAAAGCUCCCCCCCUAGUUGGCUCCUCUAGCACUUGCGCCAGGAAAUUGUCCCCUAUGCCUUCCAAAAACUUCCUGGAUUGUCUAUGCACCGCUGUAUUGCUCUCCCAGCAGAUAUCAGGAAAUUAAAGUCACCCAUGAGAACCAGGGCAUGCGAUCUAGUAGCUUCCGCGAGCUGCCGAAAGAAAGCCUCAUCCACCUCAUCCCCCUGGUCCGGUGGUCCAUAGCAGACUCCCACCACUACAUCACUCUUGUUGCUCACACUUCUAAACUUAAUCCAGAGACACUCAGGUUUUUCUGCAGUUUCGUACCGGAGCUCUGAGCAGUCAUACUGCUCCCUUACAUACAGUGCUACUCCCCCACCUUUUCUGCCCUGCCUGUCCUUCCUGAACAGUUUAUAACCAUCCAUGACAGUACUCCAGUCAUGUGAGUUAUCCCACCAAGUCUCUGUUAUUCCAAUCACGUCAUAAUUCCUUGACAUCACCAGGACCUCCAGUUCUCCCUGCUUGUUUCCAAGGCUUUGUGCAUUCGUAUAUAAGCACUUGAGAUAACCUGCUGAUCACCCCUCAUUCUUAGUAUGAGGCAGGAGCCCUCCCCUCACAGACAUUCCUGCCUGUGCUUCCUCCCGGUAUCCCGCUUUCCCACUUACCUCAGGGCUUUGGUCUCCUUCCCCCGGUGAACCUAGUUUAAAGCCCUCCUCACUAGGUUAGCCAGCCUGCUCGCAAAGAUGCUCUUCCUUCUCUUCGUAAGGUGGAGCCCGUCUCUGCCCAGCACUCCUCCUUCAUGGAACACUGUCCCAUGGUCAAAGAAUCCAAAGCCUUCUCUCCGACACCACCUGCGUAGCCAUUCGUUGACUUCCACUAUUCGACGGUCCCUACCCAGGCCUUUUCCUUCCACGGGGAGGAUGGACGAGAACACCACUUGCGCCUCCAACUCCUUUAUCCUUCUUCCCAGAGCCACGUAGUCCGCAGUGAUCCGCUCAAGGUCAUUCUUGGCAGUAUCAUUGGUGCCCACGUGGAGAAGCAGGAAGGGGUAGCGAUCCGGUCCUGCAGAUCUGAUCUGUGUGAACAGACUCUUACCCCCAUGUAGAGUCCCAGGAGGCAUCUUGAUAUACUGAUCAUAGGCACAUUUAAGAAAUGGUUGACAUGCCCAAUGAUACUACUGAGAUAUCUCUUGUGAUUUCAUGUGAUGCAUUGAAUUCUGAUACUUUUGCGUGGCUCUAAUUGAAGUUAGUAGAAGUCCAUGCAUCCAUCCAAGGCCUGAAUCUGCCUCUUUGUUCAUAAAGUACCAGUAAACAUUCCUAAACAUACAUUUACAUGAGCUGAAUGCCUUCGGAAGAGUUCUUGUAGUAUUUUAACUAACAGCUAUUUUAUUAGAGAGAUGUCAUCAACUUGAAAACUAGUCAUUUAAAAAGAGACGCUGAUAGUUUCAGAUAUUGCACCUGGCCAGAGUCCUUCUGUGAGUUUUGUGUUUUUCUAUAACAUAUUUCUAUUUAUUUUAAUAAAAAAAUUCUCUCAUGUGUUGCCUUGUGACUACACAAACAGAAAACUGACUGGCUAUUGGGACUAUACAGGUGAAAGCAUGAAACUGAGUACACAAAGUGCUGUCAGAUUCACAAAGUAAAGAAAUCGAUGUCUGGUGUACACUAGAAAAUUAGGUUGAUCUAGAUGCAUCACUCAGGGAUGUGAAAAAUCCAUAUCCCUGAGAGUUAAGCCGACCUAAGUCUCUUUGUAGACUGCGCUAGGUUGAUGGAAGAAUUCUUCCAUCAGCCUAGCUACCACCUCUUGUAGAUUAGUGGAUUAGUUAAAGUAACAGGAGAACCCCUCCCAUUGGUGUAGGUAUUGUCUAUACUGAAGCGCUAUGCUGUAGCAUUUCAAGUGUAGACAAGCCCUGAGAAAAUAGAGGAAAAAUAUUUUGCUCAAUACCUUUUACUUACACUGAUCCUCAAUGUGACUUGUAAUAAUGGUAGGUAAAAAAAUGAUUGUCAGAAAUAUCAUUUUUUUGUCUUAUUAUUUAAUGUCUAUGAAAGGAAUAUUUUGGUUAUUUUUCAGAGCUGCUAAGGAUGGAUUAUCAAUCUGAAUCUAACAUUUUCUGGGAUUAUUUGUGGCAGUUGUUACAACCUUAAAUGUAUUUAAAUGAUUUUGUUGUUGAAGAUAUAUAUUGUCUUUUCCUGUAUCACAUACUGUAUGUCUCUAUAGGCCAUUUUAACACAGAGUGUAAUCCUGGUUUCAUGGAAGUCAGUGGAAAAAAGUCGAUUUCCAUGGAACCAGUAUUCAAACCUUAUUUUUAAUUAUGAUGGAGCUAAUCCUGUAGUUCUUACUCAAGGAUAACUCCCAUUGUCCUUAAUGGGGCAUUUGCAUGAAUAAGGUCUGCAGGUCAGGCCCUGUAAGUGGAUGCUUGAUUAGAUUCAGCAUAACACAGGGCUGCAACAUGACACUACAGUUACAAGAAAUCAUUAGAAUGAGAGUGCUGUGUGAUAUGUACUGUAUAAGAUAAAUAUUCAGGCUGAUUGAUAACGGUGGACAGUACCUAGCAAAAAGUGAAGUCACAAACCCACUUCAGUGUGUGUGGGUGUUAGGUGUUUUUUUUUUUUGUUUUUUUUUUACAAAUUUUAUUAAUCCCAUGUAGUAUUAGCUUGGGAAAAUGAGGGCACAUGGAAAAUAGUUUCGUUGGCUGAAAGGGACUCAAAAGGUCAGGUGGAAGUUUACAGACUGGCCAACUAGAGUGCCUGGAUAUUCAGUUUUUGUAAUGUUUAGCUCACAAUUCAAUAACAGUAGAAACAGAACAUACCAUCAGAAGAUAAACAUGCACUGUAAAACAAUAUGCACCACUUCCUAGAAUCUUCAGGACAUAGCCAUGUUCCAUGUGCCUUUAUUCAGAGCACAACUCAGUGACUUUAUCGCUUGUGUAUUAUCCAAAAAACAAAGCUAUUUUCCAUCUAGCCAUCAAAUAGCCUGAAAGUAUGAAUGUUGAUCUACAAAGCUUUAACAUCUGUGCAUAGUAUCUUAAAAUGAGCUUGAAUCUUAGCUCGGAACAGAUACUCAUCUACUUUUCUUCUGAUUUUAUUGCCAUGGUGUAAAUUAAAUUAAGUAUCUUGUUGAAUGAAGGAAAAAUAUGAAAAACACUAAUCUCAAUAGUAAUUUUUGUUCACUUUAUGAUUUUAGGGAGAAUGUAGUUUCACUGUUUUUAUUGUAUACACAGUGUGUAUCUUUUGCCUAACACUGUAAAUUUUGAAAUGUAACUACUGUAACCUAGAGUGAAUAAAUAUAAAUAGUAAUAAAAUGUUUCUUGUUAAUAAA